AUGGUAUUGAAGAACUCUAAAUGGGACAGGAAAGCGAAAACCAAGUACUUAAAGAAACAUGGAUUGGUAAAAAGACCUCCUCCUAGUGAUUCAGAACAAAGACCUAAAUGGUCCUCUAAGCGACCUGGUACUACGAAUCAACAAAUAAUUCUUGAAGACAGUGACAGUGAAUGGGACUCAGAGGAGGAUGAAGAACUCUUAAAUCAGUACUAUCCAGAAAUCGGCAAACAACAGUUAACUCGAGAACAGAAAGAAAAGAUUAAGCAACAGAUCUUGCAGGAUCUUGUCGAACAACAAGAGAAUCAGACGGAAGAGGAGAGUGAAAUAGAAAACAACAACGAUAAACCUGAUGGUAUUUAUCUUGGAUCAGAAGAAAGUAGAAAUAGAGACAAUUAUGCAAAAGAACAUAAGACAAAAUUAGAUGAAUAUGUAUCUAAAGAUCCAGUAGUAACUAAGGCCAAAAAGAAUAGGAAGUUACCCAAAAAUAGAAUGAAUGAUAAUCUUUUGGAAGAAUACGGAAUAGAAAGAUAUUCUGAUACCGUUACAAAAGACAUAAAUGAUUACAACCUGCCAUACUACUCGAAUAAGGAACGUCGCAACAUUGACAAAAUUCCUGCUAAUGAACUAGAUGGGUUCAGGAUCGGAGAGUCCUCGUUUGUUGACAAAUCUAAGGCACCUUAUCAAAAUAAUCAUACGCUAAGAAAUCUAACGGAAGAAGAAAUUAAAGAAAAUGCCGAAAGAGCUGCAAAAUCGGAACAGAAUAAAUUCUACAAUCAAAUAAAGACAAGGUUCAAUAUUUCAGAUACAGAUCCAAAUGCUAAGUCAAAAGUGAUAGAGAUAAAUAACUUUAAUGCAAAUGAUUCAGACCAGUUGAGGAAUUUAAAUUCCAAAUUGAUCAAUAAUGACCUGAGCAUGCCCGUCAUUGCCGAUAACGAACUAGAUGACGAUAUUGAUAUAUUAUUAGGAGAUUUCAAAUCGAAUGAUGAAACACUGUACAAUGAACCUGAAAAAUUACAGCAUAAUGACAAUAUAGAUAGUUUCUUAUCAAGUUUGAGUAUUUCUAACGAUAAAAAGUCUCGGGCUCCAAAAAUUGAUAGCAUAAGUCAGAAUAGUGAUCCAAUGCAGAAUCAGAAGCAAAUGCAGAAUCAGAAGCCAAUCCAUCAGGAGCCAAAGAAAUUGCAAGAUCAGGAUUUCUUAGAUGAUUUGUUGAAUUAG